CGAGGCCCCGCCCCUCUUCGGCGGCCGCGAGUUCUACGGACUCUACCCUAAGCGGACCCGGGGGCUACCGGGCUCGCGCGUCGGUCGGAUCCCGGGUCAUGGCGGUCCGGGGGCCCGCGCCCCGGGCUGGCGCCCGGACUCUCUCUGCUUCUCCUGCUUCUCUUCUUCAGGCCCAGGUUAGAUCUGCAAUUUUUCCAGCGGUUCCUGCAGAUACAGAAGGUUUUGUUUCCCUCUUGGUCAUCACAGAAUGCCUUGAUGUUCCUGACCCUUUUGUGUGUGGCCCUACUGGAACAACUGGUGAUCUACCGGGUUGGCUUGAUUCCCAGUCAGUACUUUGGGGUCCUAGGAAACAAAGAUUUAAAUGGGUUUAAGACCCUGACGUUCCUGGCUGUUGUGCUCAUCGUCCUCAACUCCAUGCUGAAGAGCUUUGACCAGUUCACCUGCAACCUGCUGUAUGUGAGCUGGAGGAAGGACCUCACCGAGCACCUCCACCGCCUCUACUUCCGGGGCCGCGUGUACUACACCCUCAACGUGCUGCGGGAUGACAUCGAUAACCCGGACCAGCGCAUCAGCCAGGACGUGGAGCGGUUCUGCCGGCAGCUCAGCAGCAUGGCCAGCAAGCUGAUCAUCUCCCCCUUCACCCUCGUCUACUACACCUAUCAGUGCUUCCAGAGCACCGGCUGGCUCGGGCCUGUGAGCAUCUUUGGGUAUUUCAUUCUGGGAACCGUGGUGAACAAAAUGUUGAUGGGUCCCAUUGUGGCAAAGCUGGUGCAGCAGGAGAAGCUGGAGGGGGAUUUCAGGUUCAAGCACGUGCAGAUCCGGGUGAAUGCUGAGGCUGCUGCUUUUUUCAGAGCUGGGCACGUGGAGCACAUGAGGACAGACCGCAGGCUGCAGAGACUCCUUCAGACCCAGAGGGAGCUGAUGUCCAAGGAGCUCUGGCUGUACAUCGGCGUCAACAUGUUUGACUAUCUGGGCAGCAUCCUGAGUUACGUCGUGAUCUCAAUCCCCAUUUUCAGCGGCAUCUACGGAGACCUGAGCCCCACAGAGCUCAGCACCCUGGUCAGCAAGAACGCCUUUGUGUGCAUGUACCUCAUCAGCUGCUUCACCCGGCUCAUCGAUCUCUCCACCACGCUCUCCGACGUGGCAGGCUACACACACAGGAUCGGGGAACUUCAGGAGACCCUGCUGGACAUGACCCUGAAGUCGCAGGAUGGGGAGAUCCUGGACGAGAGCGAGUGGGACUUGGCCAGGGCCCCGGGAUGGCCAGCAACAGAGCGAACAGAUACAGCUUUUCUCCUUGAGCGGGUCUGCAUCUCCGCCCCCUCCUCUAACAAACCCUUAAUCAAGGAUCUGAGCCUGAAGAUCUCUGAGGGACAGAGCUUGCUUAUCACAGGCAACACGGGCACCGGCAAGACCUCCUUGCUCCGGGUUCUGGGUGGCCUCUGGGCAAGCACAUGGGGCUCAGUGCAGAUGCUGACAGACUUUGGACCCCACGGGGUGCUCUUCCUGCCACAAAAGCCAUUCUUCACUGAUGGGACCCUUCGGGAGCAGGUGAUAUAUCCCUUGAAGGAGAUCUACCCGGACUCAGGUGCUGCUGAUGAUGAGAGGAUCGUGAGGUUCCUGGAGUUGGCAGGCCUGUCCAGCUUGGUGGCAAGGACAGAGGGUCUGGACCAGCAGGUCGAUUGGAACUGGUAUGAUGUUCUGUCCCCAGGAGAGAUGCAGAGGCUCUCCUUUGCCCGGCUCUUCUACCUGCAGCCGAAGUACGCAGUGCUUGAUGAAGCCACCAGUGCCCUGACCGAGGAGGUGGAGAGCGAGCUCUACCGCAUCGGCCAGCAGCUGGGCAUGACAUUCAUCAGCGUGGGCCAUCGGCGCAGCCUUGAGAAGUUUCACUCCUUGGUUCUGAAACUCUGUGGAGAAGGAAGGUGGGAGCUGACCAGAAUCAAAGUGGAAUGAAGCCAAGGCUGGCCACCGGCAGGAGAGCCAAGCCCAGGAGGUCGAGUCCCCAGGAGAGACCAGGAGGGCUGAUGGGGCAGGGAAGGAGCUCCAGGUUUGCCUCACAGGUCCGGUGUGGGGAGCACCAGCAGCAGUGGGCUCGGCCCGCGUGUGGCCCCGCACAGGACGCCCACCCUGCCAGGGUGCCUCCUGCUGCCGCAGCCAGAGCUUCGUGCACUUGAAGUGCUGAUUACUUACGUGUAACCUCGGAUCGUGUUUUCUAAAGAAAACCUGACAGUGUGGGAUCUAUAAGAAAUGAAGGGUCAAAAUGGAGAGUGUAUUGGACUUGGAGUCAAGAGAUCCAGAAAUCUUUUAGAAUACAUCAGUUUUGCAACAGUAGAUUUUUAACUUUAAUCAACUAUUUAAAUUUUAUAACUUUUUUUAAAAGAAAAGAUAAACAUGUUUUUAAACUUGCAGCUUUCCCCUUUUUUCUUUCUUCUUCAUCAUAAGAUGAUCUUUUUUUUUUUUUUUAUUGAUUGAUUGAUUGCUAUGUUGGGUCUUCAUUUCUGUGCUAGGGCUUUCUCUAGUUGCGGCAAGCGGGGGCCACUCUUCAUCGCGGUGCGCGGGCCUCUCACUAUCGCGGCCUCUCUUGUUGCGGAGCACAGGCUCCAGGUGCGCAGGCUCAGUAGUUGUGGCUCACGGGCCUAGUUGCUCCGCGGCAUGUGGGAUCUUCCCAGACCAGGGCACGAACCCGUGUCCCCUGCAUUAGCAGGCAGAUUCUCAACCACUGCGCCACCAGGGAAGCCCAUCUUUUUUUUUUUUUUUUUGGCCAUGCCAUGCGGGAUGCAGGAUCCAGGAUCCAUGCAAGAUGUGGGAUCUUAGUUCCCCAACCAGGGAUCAAACCUGUGCCCCCUGCAGUGAAAGCAUGGAGUCUUAACCACUGGACUGCCAAGGAAGUCCCUAAGAUAAUCUUUUUAAUUGACUCCCUAGGCUUGUCUUUGAGAGCCUGGGGGGUGAGAGCAGCACUCUCGACUGUGCUGGAACCUUCUGCCCAUUGGUUCUUCACUUCACUGGCAUCUCCCACUUCCCCAUUGCCAGUUGUCCCUCAGCCACUAACCUCGAGGGCCCUUCUGCUUUUCUUAACCCAGAUGAAAAUAAAUCCCGUAAUAUUUUUAAGUUAAUUCAUUUCUUAAAUGAAUUUUUUUUAAAUAUAAAUUUAUUUAUUUUUGGCUGCGUUGGGUCUUCGUUGCUGUGCGCGAGCUUUCUCUAGUUGUGGUGAGCGGGGGCUACUCUUCGUUGCGGUGCGUGGGCUUCUCAUUGCGGUGGCUUCUCGUUGCGGAGCACGGGCUCUAGGUACGCGGGCUUCAGUAGUUGUGGCUCACGGGCUUAGUUGCUCUGUCGCAUGUGGGAUCUUCCUGGACCAGGGCUCGAGCCCAUGUCCCCUGCAUUGGCAGGCAGAUUCUUAACCACUGUGCCACCAGAGAAGCCCCCUAAAUGCAUUUUUAAAGGAAAGUUUACACUUGAUAUAAAUAGAAAGUAACUGUAAAAAUUAAUACAAAUAGUGUUAUGAAAUGGCAGCUCUGUACUGCACCUUCAAAGACUACACCUGAGGCUUGCUCUCUGUACAAAGAGAGGUUAGGGAUGUUACAGAGGAGUUAGACAUACUAGCACCCAACUGAGAAUCUUCUUAAUAGAUUUGGGGAAAUGGAAUGGGAACCGCAAAGGAAGUGAUUUUCUCUCUCUCUAAGACCUGAUUAUUUAAUGCCUGUUGAUACCACUGAAAAUGAUCCCACAUGCAGGGUGGAGCUCCAGACUUGGAGAGAUGUUGCCCUGGGUAACAUGACUAACCCCCUCCCUCCAUGGCAUGGCUGGCAUGGAGGCCUCAAGUCUAUUCUCAGCUCUGCCCCAUAUGGGUGCUAAAGCAGUGCAUCCAGGUGCUGAGCUGAGAGAACUCUGGGGUGGGCACCUGACCAGGUCUGAUGGUGUGUCCAGUCUCCGGUGAAGCCUCCUUAGGGACCUACAGGAUGUCAGCAUCGGGAAGGCCCUUGGCAGCCCUUCUCAUGGGGCUGAAAGGGACCGUCAAGGUCGGCAUCUGCUUCAGGAGCCUUCCCAUACUUGAAUCUCCCAACCAUAUCCUGCCAAGUGCUCUUCUGGCCUCUGUUCAGACACCUCUAGCAUUGGGGGCCAUCCAUCCUCAGACCCCUCUGAGGAAAGCUCUUCCUUAGGCCAAGGGGAAACGUAUCUCCCUCAGGAUCCCCCUGACUCCCACCCCUUGGGCAUGUUUUAAAUUGUGGGGUUCGGGUGUGGAAAGACUCCCUCUCUGGUUUAAUUUCUGUACUUUCAUCAAUAUAGCUGAAGCUCCCCUCAGCCUUUUUGGUGAUAGCAUUGCCUCACUGACUUGCUUCAUCCUCACAAGCUCCUUCAACUCCUAAGCCUUUUUCACAAGUGCUGCUGCUAGCAGAUUAUUAUAGAGACCGAGUUUGUUCCUAACUCAGAGUCUUUGCACUUGCUAUUUCCUCUGCCUCAAACAUGUUCCCAGUGCUGUUUCUGUUCUUAAUACUCAAAUACUCAGCGUCCUCCCUUGCAGAAACUCUGCCAAGAGAAAGCCGUUCUUAGAGGCAGACUGUACCCUUAUCCAUCAUUCAUCUCAGAGAUGGUGGCUACUUGAGAGUUUUAGAUGAAUCGAUACAAACCUGCAUGAGGAGAAGUCAGGUUAUGUGUCCUCAGUGUAUGACAAGGACCAAAAUGUUUAUUUUAAAUGUUUUAAAAUAAGCCAGGCAAAUAAUUUCCCAAACUUAAGUCUCAUUCUGCCACCCAGGAAUCUACACAGACCCACGUGGAUGAUACAUAGAAAUGUUAUCCUUAUAUCCCUCUCAUCACCCUUCUGAGGAGUCCUGGAGCCGUGGGGCAGGGCAGAAAAACAACCUUUUGUUAUCUCCAUCAAGUGUCCGCUUACCUACCGUAUCAACUUGUGUACCACCGCAGUCAUUUUGGGGUGGAGAAUAACAAACUAGUCUCUGUUCUGCCACAGCCCACAGGGAGCUGUGCUCUGUGUUCUGCAUCCAGGACAGUCUCCCAGGAAGCCAGAGAAGAGCAAUGCCAGCUGCCCUCCGUAAAGACUGCCUUUCCAGAAACAUUGUCUUGUCGGUGCUAUUUCCUUCUGACAUCCUAUCUAGGUGUCAGAAUGACGGGUGGCCCUGGGCUAAACCCUGGGCUAGGAAGGAACCCCUGGAGGCACAGGGAGUUGUCAGGAGAACUGGUGCCUGGAGAACAAGCCAGCUGAAAGGGAGCCCUGGACUGGGGAUCUGCGGAGACUGUCCUCCCAGGAAGUAGGGUAAAGUGUGGACAGGCAUCAGGCAGGGGACAUGUGCUGGGGAACACUGUCCUCAAGCCUCUGGCAGGGUGAGGCUGGACAACUGGCCAGUGGAUUUGCCCAUCUGUAAGUAGUUAAGGGUUCUGAGGGUCAGAUGCCUCUGGGGAAGGUUUCCCUGGGAAAGUCCAAAGACAGGGCAGAGACUUUUACCUAACAUGCUAUCAGACCCUGACCCCAGGCCCAGAACUGCCAGCCCACAAGGGAGUGAAGGGGGAAACAAAGGCAAGUCUCAGUCUUGAACUGGCGGAGAGAUUUGUACAGAGCUUGCAUGCUUAAGGGAAGCCCAGCUCCUGCUACAUUCUCUUAAGAACGCUGCGAGGAAGAUGCUUCCUUUUCUUUCCUUUUUACCCCAGUUGAAGAGUCUGAGCUCCAGGACCUGAAAUGAUUUGCUUAGGAAUCUCAAGUUCAAAACAGAACUCCUCAGCCUCUGACCCGCCCCCACCUGCUGCAUUGAUCUUGCCCAUCUCAGGGAAUGACACUUCCACUGUCCACCCUGAACUCAGGCUAGAGACCUGAGACCCUCCAGACCUCCUUCCCCAUAUCCAAUCCAUCACUACAUCCCAUGGGUUCUGCUUCCAAAAUAUAUCUGAAGUCCACCUCUGCCCUCCCCCGAGGCCACCACCAAGUCCACCCGGACAGCUAUGGCAGCCUCAUCCCUGGUCUCCCUGCUGCUUCUCCCAAUGCCCCACAUCCUCCACAAAGCAGCCUGAGGGACCUUAAAAAUGCAAAUUAGCUGUGCCCUACAUUAAAGUCCAAAAUACUGGGGAGUCUCUGGGAAAUUGGGGUAUUCUAAAGUGACCCUGUGUACUAUGGAAUUUAGAAAGCCACAUGCAUGGCUAGGACAGUAUGCAUGUUUCGAAAAGACCUGAGAAGACCCUAAGCUUUCACCUCUGGCAGGACACUGGGCUUGGUUCAAGCAGGAAAUAAAGGCUAAGGCAGAGUUUUAAACUGACUGGCUAAGUGCUAAGGGAGUGGCCGGAAAAGAGCCAGUCUGUAAAGACUGGAAGAGAUGGGGUGUUUGUUUGUUUGUUUUUAGCUCCUGGUAUUCAAGGAAAUCUCUGUGAAAAUACUAGUUGAACAGAGACUUCAAAUGAACACACAUGACAAGGAUGACAGUCUUUACAAAAAUAGUUUGGGAAAGUUAUCAAACGAACAGAUGACUGCAGUUUUCAAUAAUCAAAAACAGUAAACUCUGGGAAAGGGAGAGAAACUGAUUUCCAGAGUUACCAUAUUACAAUAUUCAAAUGUUCAGUUUUCAACAACAACAAAAAAAUCAUACAAAGAAACAGUACUAUGGUCCAUUCAAAGGGGAAAAAAUGGACAGAAACCAUCCCUGAGGAUGCUCAAACGUUGGACUUUCUAAACAAAGGCUUUAAAUCAACUGUCUUAAAUAUGCUCAACUAGCUAAUGGAAACCUUAGAGCUGGUUCUAGCUUUGGCUCUGGUGUUAGAGCUGGCAGCUAGCACUGGCUCUACAUCUGUAAUUGGCACUGGUGCUGGAGCUGGAGCUACAGCUGGAUGUGGCCCUGCAACUGGUGUGAGAGCUGGUCCAGGAAUUGGCUGUACCUCUGAACUAGCUCUGGCCCUAUAGCUGGCCCUAGCUCUGGCUUUGGUAUUAGAGCUGGGGCUGGAGCUGGCACUGGCUCUGGACAUGCCAACGGCUCUAUCAUUGGCUCUGUCUCUGGACCUUGUGCUAGAGCUAGUGCUGGUACUGGCUCUAGCUCUGGAUCUGGCUCUAGUCCUAGAGCUGGUUCUGGCUCUGGCUCUGAUGCAGGAGAUGCUCUAGCUCUGGAGCUGACACUCAAUAUGGCUCUCAGUUGGCGGCAGGUGCUAGAGCUGAUAACGCAUCUAGCUCUUGCUCUGGAGCUGGCACUGGCUCUAGCUCUAGAGCUGGUGCUGGAGUAGGUGCCACAGCUGUUUUUAGCUCUGGAGCUAGAACUAGGACUGGUGCUAGGGCCGACGCUUGUCCUGGAGCUGGUGCAGGCUCUAGCUUUGGAGCUGACAUUGGAGUUGACUCUAGCUCUAGAGCUGGUACUGGAGCUUGUUCUAGCUCUAGAGUUGGCUCUGGCUAUAUGUCUACAGCUGGAUCUGGUGCCAGAGCCAUCUCUAGCUGUGGAUCUGGUGUUACAGCUGGCACUGGAGCUGGCUCUGGACAAGUUGGGCACAGCACUCCAGGUCCGAGUUGGCCGAGUUGAGAUGAUACACAAAGGCCACAAGCUGCUUCAUGCAGGGCAAGUCUGGAGGCUGACAGGAAUCCUCUGAGUACUGUCCAGCCAGAUGCCUAAGAUGGAGGGGAUGGCACUCAGGUAGGAGGGCAGGUAGCAGAGUCAGAGCCCUGGCCUUUCCUUCCACACUGCCUACUACGGCACCUUUUCAGGGAGCUAGGUUCCUAUACCUGGCCCUGCCCUUCCAAAGACCUGCCCCAUCCCAUCCCCAGCCCCGCUCUGGCCAUCCUGGCAAUAGCAGGCCUUGUCACCAAGCAGUGAGCUAGCAAAGAGUCUUGGUCAUAGGGUGCUCUCAAUAAAUGAUUGACCAACUCUCCCCUUCUUCAGGAAAGCCUGACAUACUUCUCUGUCUGUCUUCCCUGGCCCCUGCCCACUGGAAUUUUAACUCCAUGAGGGCAGGGAGGGGUUGUGUCUGCUCUGUUCAUUACACAGAGCUGGCACAUAGUAGGGGCUCCAUAGAUAUCUAAUGGGUGAGAAAACACGUGGAGUCUGUCCUCUUGCCCGUCUUCCUGUAACCAGAUAGGGUAGGGGGUCCCUGGAGAAAGAACCAGGCAUGGCUUUUUUGACAUAAGAGAAGCCAUUUUUGGCCUAAGCCAUCUUGUGAUCUAAGCCUGACCACUGUGCCUGCCCUUGAGCAGGUCUCAGUAAUUAAUAAUCUUAAGGAAACAAAAGAAUGCAGAAACAUUUAAUAACCUACAAUGGAAAAGCAUCUGAAAAGGAAGAGAUAGAUAGAUAGAUAGAUGUUAGAUAGAUGAUAGAUGAUAGAGAUAGAGAUGGAUAGAUAUGAAGCUGAAUCACUUUGCUGUACACCUGAAACUAACACAACAUUGUAACUCAACUAUACUUCAAUAAAAAAAAAUUUUUUUAAUGCAGAAACAAAUGACUGUUAUCAGGCAAGAAAAGUAACAAUAGCAAAGAUAACAUAUCAGUUGUAAAGACUCCCAGUUCUGUUUCAGUAAUAAAGAUUAGCCUGAAGUGCUCAACCACCAGAUCAACUGGAACCUAAGGAAUGAUGUUGACCUUUUCUGACCCUCCUGACUUCAACUAAAGCUCGGACUCCGUCGACCACCCACGCCUUUUCAUGAAUAUGCAUGUACCCUUAGCUUGAAAUUUCCCCAAUUUUGCUGUUUUAGGAGACACUGCUUUGGGAAAGAUUCCCUGGUGUUCUUACUUGCUGCAAGUAAUAAACCCUUCCUUCUCCUGUG